AUGGCUUCAGUUGUGGAGAGACGGCCUGGUUUUUCAAUAGAAGCAACCGAAAAUGACCCUUUAUUUGACGAUGAUGGACGGCCAAGACGAACUGGAACCUGGCUUACUGCAAGUGCACAUAUCAUUACUGCUGUUAUUGGAUCUGGAGUGUUAUCGCUGCCAUGGUGCAACGCUCAGUUGGGCUGGAUUGCCGGGCCCAUGGCUCUGGUUCUCUUCUCUGUGGUCACUACCUAUUCAUCUUCCUUGCUUGCAAACUGUUAUAGGUACCCAGACAGGGUUACUGGGACCAGAAACUAUAUUUAUUCUGCUGUCGUUAAAGUUCACUUGGGUGGAACUCAGUCAAUAUUUUGUGGGAUUGCUCAAUAUCUCAAUAUGGUAGGAACCACAAUUGGAUACACAAUCACUGCAUCUAUUAGCAUGGUGGCCAUUAAAAGAUCUCACUGCUUUCACUCUCAAGGCCAUAAAGCAGGAUGUCACACAUCAAACAAUAUGUUCAUGAUAAUCUUUGGGGUUAUACAGAUUGUUCUGAGCCAGAUACCAAGCUUUGCAAAGCUUGAUGGCCUUUCUAUUGUUGCUGCUGUCAUGUCUUUUUCUUACUCGCUCAUUGGCAUCGGUCUUGCAAUUGCUAAAAUCGCAGGAGGGAAUCAUCCAAGGACGAGCAUCACAGGUACAUCCAUUGGCGUAGACUUGACAAGCUCCGAAAAGGGUUGGAAAGCCUUACAAGCCAUUGGAGACAUUGCAUUUGCCUACUCUUUCUCUGCAGUCCUCGUUGAGAUACAGGAUACACUGAGAUCACAUCCUCCAGAGUACAGAGCCAUGAAGAAGGCAAUCAAUGUUGGAGUUUCCAUAACCACUUUAUUCUACUUGUCAUGUGGUGUUUUGGGCUAUGCGGCAUUUGGGAACCUUGCACCAGGAAAUCUUUUGACAGGAUUCGGGUUUUAUGAACCCUUUUGGCUUAUUGACAUCGGCAACCUGUGCAUUGCCAUUCAUCUUAUAUGUGCAUACCAGGUAUUUUGCCAGCCAUUCUAUGACUUUGUGGAGAAAUGUUGCAGCGAUGGAUGGCCGAAGAGUGCAUUGACUGCAUUCUUUACAAAAGAACGUCUUAUUAACAUUCCAUUUGGUGGUGUCUACAAGUUUAGUUUCUUCAGGUUAAUAUGGAGGACAACAUACGUCGUAAUUAUAACUUUGAUCGCCAUGAUAUUCCCAUUAUUCAAUGAUGUUCUUGCUCUGAUUGGCGCCAUAUCAUUUUGGCCACUGACCGUGCAUUUCCCGAUAGAGAUGCACAUAUCGAAGAACAAGAUUGGUCGAUUUAGCAUGCCCUGGGUAGGGCUGAGGGUUCUGAGUGGGUUUUGCUUCCUUGUCUCGCUCGCUGCUUCUAUUGCAUCCAUUCAGGGCCUCGUCCAAAGUCUCGAUCACUACAAGCCUUUACAUUCUGUUUCCUGA